AUGGGCUGGGUACACUGCACACUCAUCCUCCGGGCCUCCUUGCUGCUGCUUCUGCCGCCCCAGACGAGGCAGGCAGGCCGGAGCGGAGCCAGCGGAGCCAGCGUCGAGGCACCGUACCAGACCGACGCCCACCAUGCAGGCGGCAGCGACGCCGCGUACGCCGCGUACGCCGUGCCGGCCCCGUACAUCGAGGCCCUCAGCCCCAGGGGACUGCGCAUCUCUAUCCCCGACGAGGCUGGCAUCUCCCAGGUGCGCUUCCACCUGGGCGUCAACAAGGCCCUGUCCCCGGAGCGCCUGGGCACGGUGAACGUGGAGGUGAGCCACCGCACCGGCAGCGUCUGGACCUACGAGGACCGCACCACGGUCCUGCGCGCGCGGGACGUCGUGCACUACUGGCUGCAGGUGACGCGAGCGGGGCACGCCCACGAACGCGCCGGCACCCACACCGUGCAAGGUCUGGUGGAGACGUACGACAUCGCGCCCGGACUGGCCCCGCUGUCCGCCCCCGCGGCGCCGCCGCCCAGCCAGGAGCCGCCCCCGCAGCCGCCCCCCAGGCCCGCGGCGUGCACGCGCUCGCUCACGAGCGUCAACGGGCGCCUGGUCUGCCGCGGCGAGCUGCUGUUCCUGGAGAACUUCGACGGCCCGGACGCGCCGGCCGCGUCGUGGCGCCACGACGUGCAGCUCGCCAGCCAGCCGGACUUCGAGUUCACCGCCUUCACCAAGAGCCCCGCGAACACGUACACGGUGAACGGGCAGCUUGUUAUCCGGCCAACCCUGACGGACGAUGUCUACGGAAAGGACUUUGUGCGAACCGGCAGGCUACAGCUCGAGAACUGUACCGCUGCCGAGGCCGAGCAGUGUGCGCGCCAGGCCAAGUACGGCUACAUUCUGCCACCCAUUCUCUCCGGGCGAAUAUCGACGCGCAAGUCCUUCAGCUUCCGGUACGGUGUGCUCGAGAUAAGGGCCAAGCUGCCGAGCGGUGAUUGGAUCUAUCCAGAACUCUGGCUGCUGCCUCGGGAGGAGGCCUACGGCCCGGGCCUCAAGUCCGGGCGUGUGCAGGUGGCUCUGGCUCGCGGCAACGCGGACCUGCACCUCGGGGCCACGGAGCUUGGCCUCCGCCGUCUGGAGGCGGGGGCCUUCGCGUCAGCCGGCCUCAGCCAGGACAGCCAGGACAGGCAAGACAGUCAGGACAGACUGGACAGCCAGGACAGACUCGACAGUCAGGACAGACAAGACGGCUGGGACAGGCAAGACAGUCAGGACAGACUAGACAGUCGGGACAGGCAAGACGGCCGGGUCAGACAGGACAGCGACGUUGUCGACGACGAGGACGCCGUCGUCGACAACGUGGUGGCGUUCGCGGCCGCCCCGCCCAGGGUGGCGGCCACCACCACGACGACGCGCACCUCCACCACAACGCGCAGGCCCGCCACCACCUCCGCCAGGACCGCGGCCACCACCAGGGGCACCACGACACGCGCCUCGAGCGCUAGCGGCGUCACCAGAACCGGAAGUAACACUGUGCAGUUCAAGAGCGCCACGGUGCCGACCAGCCGGCCGUCCACGACGGCAGCGCCGAGGCCCGCGUCCACGAGGACGGUCUCCAGCGCCGCCAGCGGGAGCGGCCCGGUCAGAAACGGUGCAAACGUGGCGGCACCGACCGGCGCCCCCGCGAGGAACGCGGUGGGGCACAGCGGCGUCCGGGGCCACACUGGCACACUGCCCGUCACGGCGGCGCAGGCGGCGCAGCUCCGGACCACCGCCCCGCCCUUCGUCGGCUUCUGGCCAGACGACGUCGGCGACUCCGGCGACGCCGGUUGGCGGCCCCGGAGCGGCCGGAGGAGCCGCGCCGUCUCUUCCGGCUCCGGCUACAAGGGGCCCUCCAGGAAGGAGGUGAGCCGCACAGAGCUGCCCGGCCGGCCCUGGAGCGGCAGUUUUCACAACUACACACUUCGCUGGACGCCGGAUGCGCUGGCGUUCUCCGUUGACGGCGUGGAACUUGGCGUCCUUCACCCCGAGACCACAGGCGGCCUCAUCCAGUCCUCCACGCGGCCCGAGGACGACCCCUGGCAUGAAGGCGGCAGAAUAGCGCCUUUUGAUAGAGAGUUUUAUAUUAGCCUGGGCCUCGCCGUCGGUGGCAUUCACAACUUCCCAGACGACGUGGAAGGCCCAAACAGAUCCAAGAAACCGUGGAAAAACACCUCAGCCAAGGCCAUGCUCAGCUUCUGGAACGCAAAGGAUGAGUGGUACAAAUCGUGGAGUACAGACUCAGCUCUUCUUGUCGACUUCGUUCGCGUGACGGCUUUGUAAUUCAAGAUGAAAUUUUCGUACAAAUUUGUGCGCAAUUGGUGCAGUUGCUGCGUCUUUUGAAACUUCGGGAUCUCCAUCUUGGGCCUGUUCUCGUCAUUCGCUUUACUACGACCAUAUGGUGGACGUUUUCAGUAGUGACUGUAUCAUGGAAUAAAUCUCAUUGAGUGCCUUCUGAGUUA